AUGAGCAAUUGGGCGCGACGGAUGCACCGGCGAGCUGCUACAUUGAGCAAUGUAGUCACGUCUUGCGGACAUCCUAAUUCUCUCCCGUAUCCAAGACGUUUAGAAAAAGUAAAAUUUGGUGUUCCUCUUCAAGAAGUAUGCAAAGACGAUAUUCCAGGGCCCUUGCUUGUGCUGAUACUAAAAUUAAACAAGGAAGCGCCUCUUCGUCGUGAUGUAUUCCGCGCUCCUGGUCAUCAAGGCGCCAUGAAAAAAUUAAUACACUUUUUGCAGACAGGCCGACUUGUUAAUGUAGAUAACUAUUCAGUGUACACAAUUGCUAGUGUUCUAAAAAAGUUUCUAAGAAAGAUCCCAGGAGGAGUAUUUGGACGAGAUGGAGAGAUGCAUUUGUUUGCAGCUGUAGAAUUACCACAAGACCAGCAAGUGGGAGCAAUUCGUGGACUCCUGCUGUCACUGCCGGUGUGCACGCAGAGGCUGCUCGUGCUACUUUUCGGCACGUUCCGGGUGAUGGCAUCAAACGCUGACAAAGCAGGUACUGGUAUGACGUCGGAAGCCCUGGGCGUGUCGGUUGCCCCGUCAUUCUUUCACUCUUGCGUGUCCGAUGGAAAGACUGCCACGAUGGAGGACGUGCAGCGGUUCAAGAUUUUCAUUGCAUUAGAAUACUACAUUGAAAAUACAUGGAGUGGAUUCGUUCCACAAAUUAUUGUCAGUGAAAUUCAACCGACUGCGCUUACUAUAAAGUUUAUUGAUGAGACUUCCCCUCAGAAAAGAGAUUAA